UGCUGUUUCCCUUUCCCUUCUCCGCCCCACUGGCCUUAUUGUGACGGCGGAGGGGUGUGUGCUUUGGAGGGCUAUAUAUAUAUAUGGACCCAAAGCUCAGGAGGUGAGUUUCCAGAGCAGAAAGGCAGAGAACCAGAAAGGAAUCGGAUCUGUCCAGCGGGAAACAGAAACAGCAUGGCUGAAGCUCUGCAAUUGGAGACGUGGGACCUGCUCUACGAGCACAACAACGAGGACCACCGGACCGCCGACGCCGGUUUCCAGAGGCUUCUUGUGCGCCGGGGCCAGUCCUUCAUUGUGACGCUCCACUUCUCUGGAAGGUCCUUUGACGAAGCAGUGGACACCCUCACCUUCCACGUCGAGACAGGUCCUUGCCCCAUUGAGACAUCUGGGACCAAGUCCUCCUUCCCCCUCUCUUGCUCCCUGGAAGAGACCGUCUGGAGCUCUGCUGUGGAAGGCCAGGAUGGGUCCUCCCUGACCCUCUUCGUCUUCCCUCCUCCGGAUGCCCGCAUCGGCCGCUACCGCCUGACCGUAGACGUCUCCACAGAAGGCCAAGGAUCCAGCUUCGACCUGGGAGAGUUCGUCCUGCUCUUCAAUCCCUGGUCCCCAGAUGACACUGUCUACAUGGAGAGCGAAGAGGCCUGCGUCGAGUAUGUCCUGACCCAACAUGGACACAUCUACCAAGGAUCCAAGGACUUCAUCUAUUCCAUCCCUUGGAACUUCGGGCAGUUUGAAGAAGGGAUUGUGGACAUCUGCCUCCAACUGCUGGACACCAACCCCAAAUUCCUCCGCAACCAGGACAAGGACUGCUCCCGCCGCAACAACCCCGUCUACGUCAGCCGAGUGAUCAGCGCCAUGGUGAAUUGCAAUGACGACCAAGGCAUCCUCUUUGGACGAUGGGACAACAAGUACGACGACGGCGUGAGUCCCAUGGCCUGGAGUGGUAGCGUGGACAUCCUUCAGAGGUGGCAGAAGUUUGGGUGCCAACCUGUCCGUUAUGGGCAAUGUUGGGUCUUUGCAGCCGUGGCUUGCACAGUGCUCCGUUGCCUGGGCAUCCCCUGCCGCGUGGUCACCAACUACAACUCUGCCCACGACACCAAUGGCAACCUGGUCAUCGAGCAAUACCUGGACCAGAACGGCAAGCUUCAGCAGGGCAACCGAGAGCUCAUCUGGAAUUACCACUGCUGGGUCGAGGCUUGGAUGGCACGUCCAGAUCUUUCAGAAGGAUACGAUGGAUGGCAGGUUUUGGACCCAACGCCCCAGGAGAAAAGUGAAGGUGUUUUCUGCUGUGGCCCAACGCCUGUCAAAGCUGUCAAGGAAGGAGACCUCCAUCUGAAGUAUGACGUCCGGUUUGUCUUUGCUGAGGUCAACGCCGAUGUGGCAUAUUUGAUGCUCCAGAAAGACAUGUCCCGGAAGAAGACCACCAUCACCACCACGGUGGGCAAGAACAUCAGCACCAAGAGCGUGGGCAGGGACUCCAAGGAGGACAUCACUCAUCAUUACAAAUACCCCGAAGACUCAGAGGAAGAGCGAGCCGUGUUCGAAAAAGCCCAGCUCCACAAAGACCCACCACCAGCCGAGGAAGGACUAAAAGUCAAGAUCAAAGCCUCCGAGGGCAUGAACAACGGCUGUGACUUCGACGUCUUCGCCCUCCUCACCAACAACACGGCUGAGGAGCACCGGUGCCGCUUGAUGUUCGGGGCCAGGACCCUCAGCUACAACGGGGCUCUGGGUCCUGAGUGUGGCUCCAAAGACCUGCUGAACAUCACGUUGGAGCCACAUGCAGAGCGGACCGUCCCUUUGCGCAUCCUCUAUGAGAAGUACGGCCACUGCUUGACUCAGGACAACAUGAUCAAGGUGAUGGCCCUCCUCGUGGACCUCGACACCCAGGAGGCCGUCCUUGGGGUCCGGAACAUCUACGUCAAGAACCCGGAUAUCAAAGUCAGGGUCCUGGGGGAGCCGAUGCAGAAGCGGAAGCUGGUGGCCGAACUGACGCUGACCAACCCACUGCCCACCCCUCUGACCGGCUGCGUCUUCACCGUGGAAGGGGCCGGACUCACAGAUAGACAGAAGGUCCAGGAGAUCGAUUCCCCAAUCAGUCCGGGUGAAGAAGCCAAAGUGAGGGUGGACUUCGUUCCCCGCCAGUCUGGCUUGCGGAAGCUGGUGGUGGACUUCGAAAGCGACAAGCUGAAAGGGGUGAAGGGCUACCGGAACGUCAUCAUCGCUCCUUUGCCCAAGUGAAGCCGGCCUCCACGUGCCUUGCCGCACUCCUUUGCAAUGAGCCUCCCCUUCUUAGCAAGAGGGACAGAUCCCAGGAACAGCUGAGACCCAAGGAGAACUCCUCCAGAUGUGGACAUUUGAAGCCCAAACCAACAUUGCAACUCACUCAGUCUCUUCCAGUGCAGAAUAUUUCUUCUUCUUCUGGUGUUUAGAUAUGGAAACUGAUACGGCUCAUUGGCAGGAGUGUCCAUCUCCCUGAAUUCAUUUCUCAUAGGAUGCAUCUACACCCAGCAUUGAGCAAAUGCAGCUGGACAUCGCUUUUAUUGCUCAAUGCUAUGUUCUGUAUUUAAAGUAAUUGCUCAAUGACAUGGGAUCCUGGGAGUUGUAGCUUGACAAAGUCUUGUGCCUUCUCCACCAAUGUGUUUUGAUACCUUACCACGUUACAUCUCCCAGGAUUCCAUAGCAUGGCGCCAUUACGCUUAAAGUGGUGUCAAACUGCAUUAAUUUCACAGUGCGGACGCAGCCUUGAACACCUUCGUCAUUUAGCUCAAAGGUCUUUUUACACACAAUAUAUUUUUUAAUAAAUUUACAUUUAUUAUGUGCCUUAAUGGGAUAAAGCUAUGCAAAACUGUGCAAAAGUCUCAUUUGUUUGUUAUUCUUUCUGGUAAGAAACGAAACGAGAAAUAGAUUACGAUUUUCUACCCGAAAGAUGUGAUCCUCCAGAUAGAGUCGGACUACAAAUCCCAGCAUUUUUCUCCAUUGGUUAUCCCAGUAACCAGACCCUUGGCCACUUAAUACAAAGCUUGAGAGUGCCUACAUUUGGGAGGUUGAAUCCGUUCCGGGUUUUAGUCCGAAUAUGAAAAAGAACUCUUUUGCUGUGUGUUUAUAUAUGUGUGUAUAUUAUAUAUUAAAGGUGCUUUAUACUGUU